AUGUACCGGCCCAGCAGGGCCUUGGGGCUGGGCGAGCCAGUGGUGUACAUCUGUGGGGUGGGCCGCUUUGUCCCCUCCCUGCACCCAUCUGGCCUGGGUGCGGUAGUUGUGGUCAAGGAGCUGAGAGGGGGUGAAAGCGGAUGUGGACUUUGGUUUAUUGGAGACUUUGGCAAACAGGAGCCCCCCGAGAGCACGUGGGCCGAGGGAGCCCCCGCGAAGGCGGCAGCCUCGUCUCUCUCUGAGGUCGCGGGCUCCCCCGGGGUCCCGGGCUCUGGGGAGCCGCUCAGGAUCCCCGAAGCCACAGCCCGAGAGCGGCGCCGGGAGCUGGAGGAGAAGGAGGACACGGAGACGCAGGCUGUGGCCACAUCCCCGGAUGGCCGAUACCUCAAGUUUGACAUAGAGAUCGGACGUGGCUCCUUCAAGACGGUGUAUCGAGGGCUGGACACGGACACCACGGUGGAAGUGGCCUGGUGUGAGCUGCAGACUCGGAAACUGUCUCGGGCCGAGCGGCAGCGCUUCUCGGAGGAGGUGGAGAUGCUGAAGGGGCUGCAGCACCCCAACAUCGUCCGCUUCUACGACUCAUGGAAGUCUGUGCUGAGGGGCCAGGUUUGCAUCGUGCUGGUCACCGAACUCAUGACCUCGGGCACGCUCAAGACGUACCUGAGGCGGUUCCGAGAGAUGAAACCUCGGGUCCUUCAGCGCUGGAGCCGGCAGAUCCUGCGGGGCCUUCAUUUCCUACACUCUCGAGUCCCCCCCAUCUUGCACCGGGAUCUCAAGUGUGACAAUGUCUUUAUCACCGGCCCCUCGGGUUCAGUUAAGAUUGGGGACCUGGGCCUGGCUACGCUCAAGCGCGCCUCCUUCGCCAAGAGUGUCAUCGGGACCCCGGAGUUCAUGGCCCCGGAGAUGUACGAGGAGAAGUACGACGAGGCUGUGGAUGUGUACGCAUUCGGCAUGUGCAUGUUAGAGAUGGCUACCUCUGAGUACCCAUACUCCGAGUGCCAAAAUGCCGCGCAAAUCUACCGCAAGGUCACUUCGGGCACAAAGCCGAACAGCUUCUACAAGGUGAAGAUGCCCGAGGUGAAGGAGAUCAUCGAGGGCUGCAUCCGCACGGACAAGAACGAGAGGUUCACCAUCCAGGACCUCCUGGCGCACGCCUUCUUCCGCGAGGAGCGCGGCGUGCACGUGGAACUGGCCGAGGAGGACGACGGCGAGAAGCCGGGCCUGAAGCUCUGGCUGCGCAUGGAGGACGCGCGGCGCGUGGGGCGGCCGCGCGACAACCAGGCCAUUGAGUUUCUGUUCCAGCUGGGCCGGGACGCGGCCGAGGAGGUGGCCCAGGAGAUGGUGGCUCUGGGCUUGGUCUGUGAAGCUGAUUACCAGCCAGUGGCCCGUGCAGUGCGUGAGCGGGUUGCUGCCAUCCAGCGAAAGCGUGAGAAGCUUCGCCAAGCUCGAGAGUUAGAGGCCCUCCCACCCCCACCAGGACCUCCACCAGCAACUGCCCCCAAGGUUCCUGGACCCCCCACUGCCUUCCCCCCAGAGCCCGAGGAGCCUGAGGCAGACCAGCAUCCGCCGCCGUUCCUCCUCCGCCAUGCCAGCUACUCAUCUACCACCUCGGAUUGCGAGACUGAUGGCUACCUCAGCUCCUCCGGCUUCCUGGAUGCCUCCGACCCUGCCCUUCAGCCCCCUGGGGGGGUGCCAUCCAACCCCGCUGAGUCCCAUCUCCGCCUGCCCUCGGCCUUCGCUCUCUCCAUACCACGUUCUGGCUCUGGCAGUGACUUUGCCCCAAUGGACAGCUAUGCUUCGGAUGUGGCAUCGGGCCUUAGUGACCUAGGCGAAGGGAUGGGGCGGAUAAGAAGAGCCCCGGGGAGAAAUCUCCGGCGCAGACCCCGAUCCCGGCUGCGGGUCACGAGUGUGUCCGAUCAGAAUGACAGAGUGGUGGAGUGCCAACUGCAGACCCACAACAGCAAGAUGGUGACCUUCCGAUUUGAUCUGGAUGGGGACAGCCCGGAGGAGAUUGCAGCCGCCAUGGUGUACAACGAGUUCAUUCUACCCGUGGAGCGGGAAGGCUUCCUGCGCCGCAUUCGGGAGAUUAUCCAGCGCGUGGAGACCCUCUUGAGGCGAGACACAGGCUCUGUGGAGGCCGUUGAGGACACCCAGGAGCCCCAGGAGGAGCCGGCACCGUUGUCUGCCCUCUCAGGCCCACUUCCAGACCCUUCCAGCGAGCCCCGGAGCAGCACCUCCCUGGACCAGAGGAGCUGGACGGCCUUCUCUACCUCUCCAUCUUCUCCUGGAACCCCAUUUUCCCCAGGCAGUCCCCUGUCCCCUUGUCCCCUCUUCCCCAUCACUCCUCCCCCGUAUCAUCCCAGCUCCUCCCUUGGUCCUUCCCAGGCCUCCUCCUAUCCCCCCUGCUCUCCGCUUCCGUUGUCCCCCGGUGUCUCCCAGUUCCCAAUCCCAUCCACCCCGUUUCCUCAGGACGCUCUCCCCCCAAGUUCUCCACCCACAUGCCCUCUCAGUUGUUCCCAGGUCCCUCAGAACCACCCUUCCAGCACAGCAGCCCCCCUCCUCUCUCUGGCUAGUGCCUUCUCGCUGGCUGUCAUGACCGUGGCUCAGUCCUUACUGUCUCCCUCGCCUGGCCUCCUUUCCCAGUCUUCUUCAGCCCUUCCCAGCCUCCCUGCUCCCCCUGCCCCUGAUGACCCAGGACGCCCUCCAGCCCUCACGUCUGAGAUGGAGAGCGAGGUCUCCCCAAAUCCUGCUCGGCCCUUCCUAGGGGAAGCCAGACUGGCACCCAUCUCUGAAGAGGGAAAGCCCCAGCUUGUGGGGCGUUUCCAAGUGACCUCGUCCAAGGAGCCCGCCGAGCCCCUUCCCCUGCAGCGGCGGCCAUCCCCGGAGCCCUCUGGUCCUCUGAAGCCUGCCAUCCCGCCGCUGGCCUCAGAGAGCUCGGACACAGAGGACAGUGCUGGAGGCGGGCCGGAGACCAGGGAGGCCCUGGCCGAGAGCGACCGUGCAGCCGAGGGCCUGGGGGCUGGAGCUGAGGAGGAAGGGGGCGAGGGGAAGGAGCCCCGAGGAGCAGGCAGCCCCCCACCUCUGAGCCAGCCCACCCCCAGCCCCGUGUGGAUGAACUACUCCUACAGCAGCCUGUGUCUGAGCAGUGAGGACUCGGAGAGCAGUGGGGAGGACGAGGAGUUCUGGGCUGAGAUGCAGAGCCUGCGGCAGAAGCACUUGUCAGAGGUGGAGGCUCUCCAGACGCUGCAGAAAAAGGAAAUUGAGGACUUGUAUAGCCGGCUGGGCAAGCAGCCCCCACCGGGCAUCGUGGCCCCGGCUGCCAUGCUGUCCAGCCGUCAGCGGCGCCUCUCCAAGGGCAGCUACCCUUCCUCCCGCCGCAACAGCCUGCAGCGCUCGGACGCCCCGGGCCCUGGCAUCAUGCGAAGGAACUCCCUGAGUGGCAGCAGCACCGGCUCCCAGGAGCAGCGGGCAAGCAAGGGGGUGACAUUCGCCGGGGAUGUUGGCAGGAUGUGAACUCAGAGCAGAAGCCGGUGGCUCCCAGAGGGCUCGCAGAAUCUGCUGCUUUUGUGCCUCACACAUCUCAGCAAAGAGGACCCAGCACUGGGAGGGGAGCAUGGUGCCAGGGACGUGGACAGUGUGGGCCCUUUCUAGGGGAGAGGCAGACACAGGGAAACUGCUGUAAAAGGUGUCAAUUCUGCCAUCAUGUCUCCUCAAACCGGCGACCUCCCCAGGCGAGGGUCAACCACUAAGCACUGCCCCCCAAGCCCGGAUGCUUCCAGAUGCCCGGAUGCCCAUUCCCAGCUGGGUAUGUUCUCACAUGAGACUUAGCCGCAGCCAAUAAACAUGCUGGAAACCA